AUGCAAUCCCUUCGAUCCCCAUCACUCCGAGCCUCGUCAGUCAACCCACUUCGCAAACAGUCUCCAAACAUAACCACCACCGCCAGUACCACCAGGAGAGUUUCAUUCAUCUCAGCCUCAACCCAACCCAUCACAACCUCACCUCCCAAACGCGAAAAAGACUCCAAAAAACGGGUGGUCAUCACCGGCAUGGGCGUUGUAUCGGUGUUUGGCAACGACGUUGACACUUACUACGAUAAACUACUCAGCGGCCAAAGUGGUAUUUCACCCAUUGAUCGAUUCGAUGCGUCUGAGUAUCCUACCAGAGUUGCUGGGCAGAUUCGUGGGUUCAGCUCGGAUGGAUACAUAAAUGGGAAAAACGAUAGGAGGCUUGAUUGUGCGGGCAAGUUAGGAAGUAAAUGGCACUUUCUUCUUCUAAAGAAACAAAAUACAGAUGAAGGGAGAUGGACAAAAGACAGUCUGUCCGGUGAUUUGAUUGCUAAGGAUCGAGUUGGGGGUCUUGUUGGGACAGGGAUCGGUGGUCUUAAAGUUUAUUCUGAGGGUCGUGAUACUCUCAAAGAAAGGGGUCAUAGGAAAAUGACGCCAUUUUAUGUACCUUAUACUAUAACAAAUACGGGUUCUGCCUUGCUUGCAAUUGAUCUCGGUUUUAUGGGACCAAACUAUUCAAUGUCAACUGCUUGUGCUACCGCCAACAAGUGCUUCUAUGCUGCUGCCAAUCACAUCCGUCAAGGUGAAGCCGAUGUGAUGAUUGCUGGUGGAACUGAAGCUGCCAUCCUUCCUAUUGGAUUGGGAGGUUUUGUUGCAUGCAGAGCUUUGUCUCAGAAAUGA